AUGGCGGUCUUAUGGUGGCAGAAGGGGCUAGCACCGGUAAUUUACCUUCGUCCUCCACUUAGUCGAAGUGAUCAAACCGAGAAGCAACAACAGAAACGAGAGAAGGAAAGGAUACAAGCAGAGGAAAAAAUGUCACCGAAAAGGAAACUGGAAAGGGGAAAUGAUUAUACGUCAAGAGCAGAUACUUUGAUAGAUGCAGUGAAGUCCAUGAUAUGGAAAGUGAGCCAUUCGUUGAGUACCCUUGAACUCAUUGACGAUUUGCAUAGACGUGGAAUAUCAUAUCAUUUUGUGGAUGACAUAAGUCAUCUCUUGGAUAUGAUUUACCACAAUUACUACCAAACUCAAGACAAGUGGGAUAGAAUGGAUCUAAAACUUAAAGCCCUUGUUUUAGAUUGA